AUGGCACGCAGGCUUAAAGAGAAUCUGCUGACGCGCGAGCCGAACCACCAGUCUUACUACGCUGGCGAGCUCUUCUAUGUUGUUUGCACGUGCUUGGUAAAGAUAUCUUUCGGCUUCUUCCUCCUGCGUAUCGCCACUGAGCCGAAAAUCAUAGCAGCGAUCAAGUUUCUCAUGAGCGGGACAGUCUCUUUCAGUUUCGUCUACUUCUGCAUGGCCGUCUUUCAGUGUCACCCGGUCAACGCGUGGUGGGACGAUAAUCCACGCUCCGAGGGACGCUGCUUGACCCCAGACGCCAUUGUAAAGACGUCGUACCUGGCCACGGCCAUCAACUGCCUUGCUGACUUUACUUAUGCCUUUCUGCCCGUGGUGAUCGUCUGGCCACUUUCGAUGAGCAUGACGAGAAAAUGUCUCAUCGUAUUGUUGAUGGGGAUGGGUGCCGUGUAA